AUGCUCGAAAUCAAAGGGCUUACGAAACAUUUCCGUAAUGUGGCCGCUCUGAGCGAUGUGAACUUUCGUUUAAGAGCAGGAGAGGUUCAUGCUCUUCUUGGUGAAAAUGGUGCUGGCAAAUCCACGCUUAUAAAUCUCAUUGUGGGGACUUUUGAGCCGACAGCGGGAGAGCUGGUUUUUGAUGGUACUUCGUACGCCCAGCUUAACCCGACGCUUGCGCGUUCGCUUGGUGUCGCGUCGGUAUUUCAGGAGUUCAGCCUUGUUCCAGAUCUGACAGUCCUUGAAAAUCUGUUCCUGGCACGCGAAACAACUGGAAGCUUCUUCCUUAAAAAAUCGACUAUGCGUCAGCAAGCGCAAAAAUUAUUGGAAGAUCUGGAGUUUCCAGUACCGCUUGAUAUUCCAGUUGGGCAUUUGUCUCGCGCGCAGAAACAAAUGGUGGAGAUCGCCAAAGCACUGCGUCUGGAACCGAGAAUUCUUAUUCUUGAUGAGCCGACGGCCUCGCUUACUGAUGGUGAAGCGGAAAAGCUUUUCCGGGCGAUACAUCGUCUGAAGGCGAAGGGUGUCGGCAUUAUUUACGUCUCACACCGGAUGGCAGAAAUUCGCAAUCUUUCUGAUCGCGUCACAGUCUUGCGCGGGGGGAGAUACAUAGGAACUGUCACGACUAAAGAAAUCAGUGAUGAAGGUCUGAUCGAGAUGAUGAUCGGUCGACCUGUUUCUGAAUUGUUUCCGGAUAUCGCCUUUAAACCCGGAAACGUUGUUAUUGAAGCUCAUAAUCUUUCAACGAGCAAAGGUACUGUUUCCCAAGCCAGUAUCUUUGCUCGGUCCGGCGAAGUUGUAGGUCUAGCAGGACUGAUUGGCUGUGGUCGUUCUGAAUUGUGUCGAGCAAUUUUUGGACUUGAACAUAUUUCCGAAGGGCGGAUUGAACUGCGCGGAAAAACGAUCAGCAAUCCGUCUCCAUCUGUAAUGUUGAAGAACGAUCUUUGUUAUUUCCCCGCUGACCGAGGGGAAGAAGGUUUGGCAUUGAACAGACCUGCGCGUGAGAACGUUACAAUGGCAAGUCUGGGACAUUCGGCAAUGUCGAAAGGCGCGUUUCUUAAGCACAAGCGAGAGCGUCAACUUGUCGAGGGGCCAUUGAGAGAGCUGGCGUUAAGCCCGCUUGAUCCAGAAAGACCUGUUCGCGCAUUUUCGGGUGGCAACCGCCAGAAGAUCAUGCUGGCUCGCGGACUUAUGAAAGACUUUGAUGUCUACAUAUUUGACGAGCCGACAGUUGGUAUAGAUGUCAGUGCUAAGGCUGAUGUCUAUCGGUACAUCAAGCGUCUUGUAGAACGUGGCGCUUGCGUCAUUGUUUCAACAUCUGAGCUCCCAGAAUUGAUUCAUCUCGCUUCACGUAUCUAUGUCAUGCAUGAGGGCGCAAUCAUGGCCGAAAUCCAGGAGAGUGAGAAAUCGGAGGCUAACGUUCUUUCCCACUACUUUGGGAAAGCUGAAGCGAAGGAGGCCGUGGCAUGA